AUGUCACAAGAAAGAAAGAAGAUAAAAGAGAAGAAAGAGUACCUUAAAGGAAUUAAAACUUGCAAGACGAUAAGUUGUAGAGAAGCAAGGAAGAGAGAGGCAGACUUUAUGGGGCUAAUCCAAAGUCGGAGAAAGAGAGCAGUGAAUAUUAAGAGAGGAGGUGAUGAGAUGAGAGAAGAAGUGGAGGGGGGUUUAGGUUUAGGAAUAAGAGCAGAAGGCGUUGGAGGCGAUGAGGCACAGAUAGAUCAGUCGUCUCUGGAACCGUAA